UGCUUGAGAAAACAAAAAAAAAUUAUUAAGUCAUUGAAGCCAUGAAACUUUGUAUCAUAGUACUCAUAGUUUUGGUGACCGUCAAUUCCGCUUUGGCCGCCACUGGGAUUUUUGCAGCCGUAAGGGAUAUGCUGGAAUGCCAUGAACAGUUACGCAUCAAAGAAGAGGACUUGAUAUUUAUUGACGAUUUAUCGCAAAUUCAACCGGUCUCAUCGUACAGACCCGGCCAGAGAUGCUCCAUAUAUUGUCAGUCCGAAGCAUUUGGAUUAACAAAACAAGGUCGACCGAUGGAGGAAUUCUGGCGUAAUUACGCAAAAAUUGCAAAUAGAUAUGAUUUGGAUGAAGUAUUCCGAAAUUGCGAGUAUCUUGCAGCCAAUACCUGUGAGGCCCCUGUCUUAUUGGGAAUUUGCGCGCAACGUUUUCCACGAAACUUAUAAAUUAAAUUAAAACAAAAUUAAUUUUACAUUAUGGAACUGUGUAAAUUCGAAAACCAAUAUAUGUUUGUGAGAAAAUGAAAUUUUUCAGUUGACAUUUAAUUGCGGACUUAUUAUGGGGGAGACGAAGCUCGAAAAUCGAAGCUUCAUUUUGACACUCUCCAAAGCAAUACAAUUGAUUACCGAUCGGGUUCAAAAAGUUCAGUACGUGAUGCUUUGCGAAGGGUUCAAUAUCAAAAACGAAUAUUACUUUCCAUACUUUUCAACUAUCCGCAAGAGCAGCCGAGUAGAUAAGAAUCGCCACUGCGAGAUCAGUGUUCGCUGAUUUAAAUCUCAGAGCGGCAGAGUUCACUUUGCUGGGAGCUAUAGUGAGUGGUCGUGGCAGUGAACACCCACUAGGCUGCGGCCAUCAUAUCUCCCUCUCUCCUUCCCUGUUUUCACUACCUUCCGACCGUCCGAAAAUGAGGAUUCAAAAAGCGAAACUUACAAGGUAAUCAAUCGUAAGAUUCAAACAAUAUAUGGAAGAAAAGAAGAACUCGAAUCAUAUUUGAAUGAAAAGAUCGGACAGUACGUAAAUGAAGAUAACAGUGUGUAAUGUCACGAAUCGUAUACAGUAGAGAUACAUCAGGUGAUCUAUGUUGUCUUGUUA